AAUAAUUAGUGAAAUUUUUUUAUCCAUCUAUAUAUUUUUUCUCACUAGCAAAACGCGAUUGUUAACUAUGUCUAUGUAACAGCUAAAUACAAUACUAAUACUUAAUACUUAAUACUAAUACUAAUACUAAUACUUAAUACUAAUAGUCAAUCCCGUGAUUAUCCAGUACAACUACAAACUUAUAAUGCCUCCUAAAUCUAAACCCAUAAUAGCUCUGAUAACUAUAUUGAAAUUUAAACGAGGACGGGCAACAUAUGUAUUUCCUAUAGAUUUACAACAAUCAAAAGCUCAAACACUUGAAAAUUUUAAAAGUUUAUUAAGUAAAGCUAUAAAUGCUUCAGGAGGUUUAUCAAUUGUUGAUGAUGAACCUAUACCAGUAGAUGAAGAUGAAGAUGAUGAAGAAGCUAAUAUACCUAUACCAAUACCUAAACCUGAAUAUAUGGAAGAUAUUGAUAUUGAUACUGAUGAUAAUUCAAAUUCAAAUCCAAAUAUUAUAAAGAAAGUUGAAAGUUCUCAAUUAAGACUUGCAAUUCCUAAGGAUAAAUCAUCACCUUAUGAAAAUGAAUGGAUAGAAUUACUUGAUGAUACAACUUUAUCAAGUAUAAUAUUUAAUGAUUAUGAUAUAUUAGCAUUUGCUUAUGGAAAUGAUGAUCCAUUUGAUGUUAUUGAAGCUGCUUUUGAAGAAUGAAAAUAGAAUUAUAGAGUAUAUAGUACAUUAUUUACUUCAAUUAAUAUAGUUCUAUAUGCGU